AUGACAGUGGAGUACUCCGGGCUUCGAGAUCUGGAAGGAGGAGGUCGAGGUAGUCCCGUGGUCGCCAGUGGCCUGAAGACCAACCUUCGUCGGAAAUGGAACACAAUCCCGCGCAUUCUGCGCUUCUACCUUCUCCUGGGCUCCAUCUUCCUGGUGGCCUUCAUCUUCGCCUACUCCUACCUCGCCGCCAACACGCCCAAGCUUGAGGAUGAGAAGGGCUUUGAAGACCGUCAAGAAGGUGAACUUGUGGGAGAAAAGAUUCACCACUACAACAGCAACAACAACAAUCAGAAAAACCAGCCCUUGGCCAAGCCAAAUCUGCCACAAAAGCAGCCGCCAUCAGCUGACAAUGAAAUCGGCGAUGACGAUAGAAGCGACAACGAAGACAACAACAACAACAACGACGAUGUGGAAAAGAAGAAAAAGGUCGUCGACCCCGAUCCGCUGCUCCUUCUGCCUCCCUCGGGCCCUGUUCCCCUGCUGACUUCGGCGGACUUCAAGGCGGCCGCCAGCCGACAGUCGGCCAUGCAGAGGCGCAUUCAGGCGGCCAUUGCUAACUCCUGGGCGGCCUACCGGCGCAGCGCCUGGGGCUACGACCACCUGAAGCCCAUCUCGCGGACCGGCCACAACUGGUUCCACAUUGGCCUCACCAUCCUCGACUCGCUGGACACGCUGCAGAUGGCCGGUCUGGAGAAGGAAUACAAAGAAGGCAUCGACUGGGUGAAGAACGACCUCUCCUUUGAGAUCUACCAGGAGGUCAACUGCUUCGAGACGACCAUCCGCGCCCUGGGCGGCCUCCUCUCCGCCUACCACCUGGCCAGGGGUGAUGAUGAGGCUGACCAAAGCAGCAGCUCGGCGGUGCUGCUGGAGAAGGCCACCGACCUCGGUGGCCGUCUGGUGCACUGCUUUGACUCGCCCAGCCGGACGGUGCCCUUCAGCGACGUCAACCUGAAGACUCGCGCCCCGAAAGCGCCGCGCUGGUCCACCGACUCCUCGCUCUCCGAGGUGGCCAGCAUGCAGCUGGAGAUGCGCGACCUCAGUCGGGAGACCGGCACCAAGCUCUUCGAGGAGAAGUCCUUCGCCACGACGAGGCACAUUCACGAGCUGGUGCAGUCGCGGGCCGAUCCGCUGCUGCCGAUGUACAUAAGUCCCAUAACAGGUGAAGUGUGCGAAAGUCAGCUGACGAACGCCGUGGUGACGAUGGGCGCCCGGGCGGACUCCUACUACGAGUACCUCUUCAAGCAGUACCUGCAGCUGAACCAGGAGAAAGCAGGCGAAGAGGACGCCUCCUUUCUCCUCGACGACUACCUCGCCGCCGUGGCCGCCAUCAAGGGGCGACUGAUGCGCCGCACCAAGGGCCACCUGGGCCUCGCCUACAUCGGCGAGCUCUUUCCCAGCCGCAAGGACGUGGUCAGCCCGAAGAUGGACCACCUGGUGUGCUUCUUCUCGGGCACCCUUGCCCUCGGCUACUACCACCACCAGAAGGCCGGUUUCGGCCUUCGAAAGUCACAAGGGGGCGAAGCAGAAGAUGCCGGCAUGUUUCGAGGCCACCCGGUGGCGGCAGCUGACCAGCUAGCCAGUGCCAACAUCUCCUCGGCCGUCUUCGCCGACCACCUGGCGAUGGCGGAGGACCUCGCCCGCACCUGCCACUACAUGUACAACCUGACGGAGACGGGCCUCUCCCCGGAGAUCGCUUACUACGGCACGCUGCCCGACGAGAAGGAGUUCACCGUUCGGCCGGCGGACACGCACAAUCUCCUCCGACCGGAGUUCGUCGAGUCGCUCUUCUUCCUCUACCACAUCACCGGCAAACCGAUCUACCGCGAGUGGGGCCGCCAGGUCUUUGAGGCCUUUGAGCGGUACUCCAAGGUGGGCUCCAACGGCGGCUACACCACCGUCAACGACGUCCGCAAUCCGAAGAACGUCCGCCCCAAGGACAUGAUGGAGUCCUUCUGGAUCGCCGAGACGCUCAAGUACCUCUACCUGCUCUUUCUGGACGACCGGGCCAUCGUCGACUCGCUGCUCGCCAACUACGUCUUCAACACCGAGGGCCACCUGGUGCUUCGCAGAGGUGGAGCAGUUCACCAGUGA